AACAGUCUCCCUAAGGGAAAGUCACAACAAAGCCACUGCUGGUGCCUCCAGUCCUAAAGGUCAAUAAGAAUGGAGACUGUCCAGGAGUCAGUUCCUAAGAAAAUCUCUGACACCAACUACCCGAUAAAUAUCGUUUUCAUCUUGAUUAAUGAGUUCUGUGAGCGUUUCUCUACUGGUGGUACAACAGCUGUGAUCACCUUGUACAUGGUCUACUUCCUCCAAUGGAAUGAAAACACCUCUACUGCCACUUACCAUCUCUUUAACGGCUUAAACUUUUUAGUCAGCAUCACAGGAGCUAUUGUUGCUGACUCUUGGUUGGGAAGUUACAACACAAUUGUGACCGGCCACAUUUUAUGUAUGAUGGGUCACAUGAUCCUAAUACUCAGUUCAGUGCCCAUAAAGGGAGGACAAUUGAUUCAUCUGAUCCUCUUUAUGUCAGGAUUCUCCCUGAUUGCCUUAGGAUCAGGAGUCAUUAAACCCUGUGUUGUGGCCUUUAUUGGAGACCAGUUUGAAGAAGAACACACAGAAGAAAGGAGAAAGUUAUUCUCAAUUAUGUAUCUCUUAGUCAACCUGGCAUUCUUGAUUUCAACAAUUUUCAUGCCCCUGCUCAGAGCUGACAUCAGCUGCUUUGGAGGAGAUUGUUAUAUGCUUGUCUUUGGGGUCUCUGGAUUAUUUCAGCUGUCUGCAGUGGUUGUGUUCUCAUUUGGAAGUGAGAUGUACAAAAUAAUUCCUCCAGAAGGAGACAUCAUGCUUAAAGUCUGCAAAUGCAUGUGGUUUGCUAUUUCAAACCGUCUGAAGAACCGUUCCAGAGAUAUUCCAAAGAGAGAGCAUUGGCUAGACUGGGCAGCUGAAGAGUAUCCAAAGCAGCUCAUCUUAGAGGUAAAAGCACUGACUCGUGUGCUGUUCCUAUACAUCCCAUUGCCGAUGUUCUGGGCUCUGUUCCAUCAACAGGGCUCUCGGUGGACUCUGCAAGCCACCAGGUUGAAUGGCAAUAUGGGAUUUUUUGUAAUCAAGCCUGAUCAAGUUCAGUUGUUGAAUCCCUUCUUGAUUCUCAUCCUUAUCCCAACAUUUGAUUUGGUCAUCUACCCACUAAUCAAGAUGUGCAGAAUCACCUUAAAACCCAUUACUAAGAUGGUUAUUGGAAUGAUUCUGACAGCCUUGGCAUUUGUUGCUGUAGCCAUUCUACAGUUUAAUGUGAUGUAAAAAAUGGCUCCAGCCAAGCCAGCUGACAGAGAGAGCUUUCUACAGAUCGUAAAUCUGGCCAAAUCAGAUGUGAAGAUGAUAAUGCAGAGCAAUCAGGGUGAUACCUUGUUAGCAAAGCCCAUGAAGGCCUUUCAGCAAUCACCAAAAUAUUCCAAACUCCUUCUGAACACUGAGAGCCAAUGUUUCCAGUUUCAGCUACAGUCCAGGAGCUCAUCUGUCAGAAAUGAGCAUGUGGUGGAGGAGAAGAGCCGAUAUAGCUUGGUCAUUCAUGGAGAUGGAAACAGAGUCUCCAGCAUCCUGAUGAAAGACAUGGGAACCAAACCAACCAAUGGAAUGGCAGCUGUGAGAUUCGUUAACACUUUGGACAAGGAAGUGAAUAUCUCCCUGGGCAAAGACAACAUUGUCACUGUUGAUGAAAACUAUAGCGUCUCUUCUUACAGAACUUUGGAAAGGGGAGAAUACCAUUCUGUGCCAUGCAGGACAGAUGAUGAGGAAUUCUUCCUAGACCUGGGCCUGCUUGACUUUGGUGCAGCUUACACAGUCUUCAUUGUUAAGAAGUCUGGAAAAGGCCCCUGGGCCUGGAAAACCAAGAACAUUCCCGCCAACAAGGUGUCUAUCUUAUGGCAGGUGCCACAAUAUGUGCUUAUCACAGCUGGGGAGGUCAUGUUCUCUGUCACUAGCUUUGAAUUCACAUACACUGAGUGGAUUGAAUUCAUCUUCUUUUCUGGCCUUCUGUUUGUCGUCUGCUUUAUCUUCUCCAUUAUGGUGGGCCACUAUUACGUUCCCACAAAUCAGAGAAAGAAGAAAAACCAGAAGGAAUUUCCUGAAGUAGAAUCUGAGGAUCUCCUUAUGACCCAGCAGUUCUAAUACUUCCUGGACCUUUUUCCUGUUCUCUGGACCUAAUCCCUUAUUCUGUCAGUCCCAUACAGCAUUCCUAGAUGGAAACUGUCUCUCUCCAAUUGAAGGCUUGGCAUAGCCUUCCCUCUGCCAGUGGCAUGAGAGGUAAUCAGCUCCUGUAGAGGGACAAACCCCAGGGCUUCCAGAAGUGAGCAGCCAAACAAGCCUGAGGAGUCAGCUGGACUUACCCUCACCUCAUUGUGCAACCCUGGUAAAGGCCCUGGCCACUCUGUGACUCAGUCUUCUAGUUUGUACAAUAAGUACAAUAGGUGGCUAAAUUCUGGGCAGAUAAUGACUGCUUUGCUGUCCAAAGGAACAUGAAGAACACAAUAAAGUGCCCAUUAAUGGGUUUGUA